AUGGACCCAAAGUCAGCGAACCCCGAGUCCGAUCAGGCGACCAAACUCGCAUCGCAAGCCAUCGAUCUUGCGAAGGCCGGGAAGACAAAUGAUGCAUUUCGACAGCUUGAAGAGGCCAGCAAGCUUUCUCCCGAAAAUGAGAAGGUCAAAUCCACACGGGAAGAGCUGAGAAGAUAUCAGGAUGGGAGCCGGCUGGUCGAUCUAUGCAACGAGUGGCUCGAAUCCUUGAGUGACGAUGAUGGCGAAGAAGCCCUCGACUACCUCCACAAACACAAGCUAUCCGACCCUAUUGCCGAUGAAGCGAUGAAUAUCCUCCUGGAAUACAAAUCCGACUGUGACAUGGCGGAUCAGCUCACCGGCGAGGUCCUGAAGCAUCCUGGCGCGAGAAGGGCACUGGCGGCUGCGCUCGUAGCCCACCCGACCGCUACAUUCAAGAAGAUGUUCGUUCGUGGUGAAGACACUAUGGACGCCAUGAUGGCAGCCCUCAGGCUUGAAUCGGAAUGGAAAGACGAUACUGCACGCGUUGCAGCGAUUCGGGACGCGUUUCAGCUGGCCCUUGCGAGUCUGAUGGAAGCCGGUGUGGACUAUCCCGACCGCGCAAUGAAGCUGAUUGCCAACCUCUUGUCCUACGAAGCUCACCAUCUCCAUGGUCUGAUCGAUGCCGAUGGAUUCGACGUCAUCCUCUCCGCAUUGGAUAUUCGGCUGCCCACGAGGAUCAAGAAGUACGCGACCCUCGCGACCGCGAAGUUGCUGGAAUCGUCGCCGGAUUCGGCGAAGGUCUUGAUUUCCAACUAUGUGACUUGGAGAGUUCGAAAACCCACCGCCGACGGAUUGAUCGUCGCGUUUUCCGCCGCUGCCGCGGUGUUUCCGAUGGAGCCGACCAAUGCGGCAGCACUCUUUCUCGCGGACGGGUUUUUACCCGCGUUCGUGCACAUCGUGCAAGAGAAGCGGAGCAACCGAGUGGAACAGGCAGCACUGGACCUCCUCAGUGUUGCAUGCAUGGACAAAGGUUGCCGUGAGGGCAUCGCGAAAUAUUGCAAGCUCUGGUUAUGGGAGGUGGUAGAAGCGAACGUGGACGCGCGGCGGUCGAACCUGGCAGCGUUGAUUCUUGUGAAGAUCGCCAACGAGUCCUCGCUGAAGAGCGGAGGGGAGUUGGACGACCUCAUCAAAAAAUUCAAAGCCACGAUUGUGUCACCGGAUCAGCCGGGCGUCGUAGAUGCCAUCGAAGCCCUUGCAUUCGCAUCGCUGAACCCACAAGUCAAAGAGGAUCUAACCAACGACAAGGAGUUCCUGAAGAUGCUGAUUGCGAAACUUGGCGGACCCGGCCAGGGGAUCAAACCCGCUCAUUUUGGCGGCGUAUCGAUCUUGGAAAACAUCACGGCCUAUCCCCCUCCGCUGACCGAAGAGCAAAAGAAGAUCUCCGAGCUCAAAGCGUAUGCCAACAGCUCCAAGCCGACCGAAGCCAGCCCACUCGAGUCCAAUGAAAAGGUUACGGUCCGAUGUCGAACGGUGCUCGAUGCCGAAGCCGUUCCCCUCCUCAACACCAUCAGCAAAGGCGCCUCUCCCGCCGUCCUCCUCCGCAUCACCAAAAUCUUCCUCUCCCUCAGCAAAGAGCAGCGACACCGCGGCGUGCUCGCCCAGCAAGGCGCCGUCAAGCAACUCCUCACCAUCCACGCCACUAUCACCGCAGCACAGCGCGCCAAAUCCCCCCCAUCCACCACCAACCCCCACGACAUCCUUCACACCGCCGCGCACGCCGUCGCCCGCAUCCUCAUCUCCGUCGACCCCCACCACAUCGACCCCCUCCUCCUCUUCAACCCCCAACCCCUCCUCGUCCGCGCCGCCACCGAGCUCGUCUGCAACCUCAUGGCCUCCUCCGUCGGCGUUGCCCUCUUCGUCGACGACUCUCGCGACGCCCGCACCCGCCUGCGGGUCAUCAUUGCCCUCACCGACGCCGACGACCUCCCCACCCGGAUGGCCGCCGGCGGCGCCCUCGCCAUGAUAACCGAGUGGGAGCCCGGCGUCGAGGCCGUGCUGGAGCAGGAGAACGGCGUGCGCCGCAUCGUGGGCAUGUGCGGCGAUGAGAGCGAGGAGGUGGGCAUCCGCGGGUUGGCGUGCGUGGGAAAUUUGGCGCAGGCGCCGGGGGCGAUGGGGGAGCGGGGGAGGAAGCGAUUGAUGGAGGAGAAGGCGCUGGAGGCGGUGCAGGGGAUUGAGAAGGAGGGGAGGGGGAAGGAUGUGGGGAUGGUGGAUCUUGCGAGGCAGAUUGCGGAGAUUAUGAAGGAGUGA